AUGGCAUCUCCAAGCGAACCACCACCACCAUAUGAGGCGGCUGUCAAACGAAACACAUCGUCCUCCAACGAUUACAACAAUCUCCAAGUCCCCAACGCAAGAAAUGGAAUUCCACCCCACGAUCGUCGCUCAAUGGAAGAUGAAUUCCGUGAUCUCCCAACCGGCUGGACCCGCCAAUACGACGAACAAUCGCACCACCAAUUCUUCGUCGACACACGCUCCCAACCCCCACGAUCAAUCUGGCACCACCCCUACGACGACGAGCAAUACCUCUCCUCACUCACGCCCGAAGAAAGAACCCGCAUCCAAACCCUCCACCGCGUCCCCACCCCCGCCGACAUCCAAGCCGAAAGCAGCGGCGACGACAACGACGACGACUUCUCGCACGACCAUGGAUCCAGCUCCCAUCAGAGCCCACACCCUCCUCUCCCACCAAGAGAUCCCAACGAAAAGCUAAGCGGCGCCCACAAACUCGGCCGCAAAAUGAAAGACAAACUCACCUCCUCCACGCACACGGAGCGCGAAGCCCAGCGCCGCCGCCGCGCCCAAGAAGAACAGGCAGCCUACCAGCGACACCUGCAUAUCCGGCAGCAGAUGUCCAAGGCUCUCGAGACAGGGCAGCCGCAACUCCUAGGCAAGGAUAGGAAUGGUAAGGAUGUGUAUAUUGAGCCGCCGCAGCUGCCGAGGGGAUACCCUGGGUACGGAGGGGGUGGGUAUGGGUAUAAUCCUUAUAAUCAGGGACCGUAUGGACCGUUUGGUGGGAAUCCCGGAGUGAGGUAUAUGAGGCCGGCGUAUCCUUAUGGGAGGCCUUAUGGAGGGGGGUAUGGUGGGGGGUUUGGGUUGCCUUUGGUUGGGGGGUUGGCUGGGGGUGCGGUGUUGGGUGGGUUGUUGUUCUAG